AAUAUCAAACAGUGGUUCUACAGCUUUCACUCAGUCACUGUCAGCCAGGGUUGUAGAUAUAAAAAAGGUCUCGCAGAUAAGGAAGAAAUUCUCAGACUUUUACUUCGGAACUAUCAUUUCCGGUAUAUCUUUGAAGGAUAUUUAACAAACUUGAGCAAGUUUUCGUAAAUUAUUGAUCAAGUCAGAUAAAAUGGCGCCCAAACAUAGAAUCAUUAUUGAUACCGACCCAGGAGUCGAUGAUGUAUUGGCCAUCUUGCUGGCACUCAGCGCCUCUCCAGAAGACCUGGAGGUGGCGAUGAUCUCGGUCACGUACGGCAAUGUGCCGCUUCAGGGCUGUCUGCGCAAUGCAGUCGCUCUAUUCCACGUCUUGGAGAAGGAGAGGGCUUGGCGCAAGUCGGUCGGUAAAGAGACGGGCUUUGAAUCCUUGUCGGUAUUCAAGCCCAUCGUGGCCAUUGGAGCCAAGCAUCCGCUAGAGGAGGAGGAGCUUGCAGCGGACCACUUCCACGGCGCCGACGGCCUGCACGGAGUCCACGACGCCCACCCGGACCUAACCCCCGCGGAAACAUGGCGCACCCUCUUCGAGGACGCCCCGGGCGGGGCCCCCUCGGACAUCCCCAGCUUUUCAACAUACUUCACCCCAUCCAAGACGCUAGCGCACAAGGAGAUCCUCCGAAUCCUCAAGGAAUCCCCCGACCAGACCGUGACGAUCCUCACCAUCGGGCCCAUGACCAACCUCGCCCUCGCGGCAGCCGAGGACCCCGAGACGCUCCUCCGCGCCCGCGAGGUCUGCGUCAUGGGAGGCGCCAUCAACGUGCCCGGCAACAUCACGCCCGUGGCCGAGUUCAACACCUUUGCCGACGCCGUGGCCACGGCGCGCGUCUUUGCCCUGACGGCGCGGGAGCCCGCCUCCACCAUGCCGCCCUGCACCUCGCCCAGCCUCAAGCCGUACCCUGAGGGGCUCUCGCGGCAGCUCAAGCUGUCGCUGUUCCCGCUCGACAUCACCACCGACCACCUUCUCAACAAGGGCUUCUUCACGGAGCGCAUCGCGCCGCUCGUCGCCUCCGGCAGCCCGCUCGCCCGCUGGCUGGAGCACGUGCUGUCGCGGACCUUUGACAAGAUCGACAGCAUCCUGGGCGACGGCAGCGAGCCGGGCCUGUCGCUGCACGACCCGCUGACGGUCUGGUACAUGAUGACGCGCGACAACCCGGCCUGGAAGGCGUCGGCCGGCGAGGACAUCCGCGUCGAGACCGCCGGCCAGUGGACCCGCGGCAUGCACAUCCUGGACCGCCGCGUGCGCAGCAAGCCGGGCGUCAAGCAGGAGGCUGGCCAGGCCGAGAAGACCGAGGUGGUCGACGGCGUGCAGCUCGACGAGGUCCCCGGCGACACCAUGGGAUGGCUGAGCAGGAGGAGGGGCAACAGCGUCAACAGGAUCGUGGGCUCGCCCGGCUUCAACAUCUUUGCCGAGUAUCUGAUGAAGCAGCUGUUCUGGUAGAGGAUGUAUGAAAGGGGCAUGUUAUGGGGCCCACUGGUGCAUGAUUUUGUUCGUCUGAUGUUGCGGAAUGGGGUAUCAAUUUUCGAAAACACAAAUGUAGAAAAGAAAUAUAUGACCAGGCAAAGAUGGAAGAGACCCCGACAAAGUAGCCCUCCCAUCUCGGCCAGUCCAUUCAUGAUCCUCGCAACCUCUUGACUGCGGCGAGAUUCCCAAGCCGUUGCCGCUGCCCACUU